AUGGUAAUUCUAAAUAACACACUAAUAUUGAUUUUCCAGAUAGAUGGCUCUGUUUUUUGUAAAUUUGAGCGGCAAAUUUUCUUUAAUUUUUCAAAUUGUUCAAUUGUUUAUCAUCUGAAAAAUAUCUACAUUCGAGUUUAUUUUUAUUUUAAUAUUCUUUUCUUAUUUUUUAUUUACAUUCAGGACGAAGUCUGUAAAUUUUGGCUCAAACAGAAGAUCUCAGUUCGUAAAUUGAUUCUAGGUGUACCCACAUUUGCUCGAACCUUUAAUUUGGCUUAUCCAUUUGGUCAAGGUUUUAACUCACCUAGUGUUGGUCCUGGUUUAGGUAAAGGUCAACUCAAUUAUACCAAAGUUUGCGAGUUCCUGAGUGAUGGUGGAAUAAGUGAAUUCGAUGAGAAAGGGAUGGUACCUUUUGCUCACCGUAACUAUGAUUGGAUAUCCUAUGAGAAUGAACGAAGUCUUUCUAUUAAAUCAAGAUAUGCAGCAUCAAGAAAGAUGGGUGGCGUCAUGACUUAUGCAUUGAAUUACGAUGAUUGGACUGGAACUUGUCGUGAUUCAAAGAGUUUUCCACUGUUAAGAGCUGUUUCCAGUACACUUAAAUUGGCUCAAAUGUCAACCUUUAAAAACUAAUCAACCAACAUGACUAGGAACUUGUUACUCAAAAACCAUAUUUUUUGUUCAUUAUUCGUUAUUAUUACAUUUUUUGUUCUUUUAUAUUUUAUCCUUUGUUUUCAAUGUACAAUUAACUCCGGAUGAUAUGCCAUAAAUUAAUUUAACACACCAUUGAACAAAACCAAAAAA